UCGCUGAUCAUAUACGAGCAUAUGACUGAUCCAAAAUUCACGAAAUUCUUUUGCAAAAGCCCUAAAAAGUAUUGCUGCAGUAUGGAAGUUGAUGUUUUAAUUUUAUAAAUUUGUUUGAAUCUUGCAUGAAUUUUGGGAAAAUAAUAAGAAAUAAUCAAUUUUUCUUUCAAGAGAGAAUUAGGGCUGCGGAUUUUGUUAAAAUCCAAAGAAAAGAUUGAAAAUUUGCCAAGUUUAAGAGAGGAUGUUGAAUUUGUGGGUAUUUUUGUGCUGCAUUUCCUAUUUCAUGGGUUCUUUCGCAGCUGCUGGAAAUGUGGUCAUGAUUGCAAAGAAUGUAACUUUUUCUUUCGACGACAUUGAAGCUAACUUUGCACCCUCGGUGAGAGAGUCUGGAAUAUGUGGGACAGUGAGCAUUGCAGAUCCUUUGGAUGCUUGCUCGCUGCUGACCAACGAGAUAGUUUCGAGUAUGAAUGGCACCAGAUAUCCAUUCGUGUUGAUAAUCAGAGGUGGAUGUAGCUUUGAGGACAAAAUUAGACGAGCACAAGCUGCUGGAUUUGAAGCAGCCAUUGUCUAUGACAACGGAACCAGCGAUUUAGUUGCAAUGGCUGGAAAUCCCGUUGGUAUAAAUAUCAAUGCAGUGUUUAUCUCGAAAGUUUCCGGGGAAACACUUGCUACAUAUGCUGGUACAGCUGAUUUGCAGCUGUGGAUUGUCCCAAGCUAUGAGAAUCCGUCUUGGUCUAUGAUAGCUCUGUCAUUCAUCUCUUUACUCGGUGUCUCAGCCGUGUUAGCUACUUGCUUCUUCGUGAGAAGGCACCGGUUCAGAAGUGAAAGGCCACUAGCACCCCGUGUGAGAGAGUUCCACGGGAUAAGCAGUCGUCUGGUGAAGGCGAUGCCCAGCCUGAUCUUCACAGCUGUUCUUGAGGACAACUGUACCUCUCAAACGUGCGCUAUAUGUCUCGAAGACUACAGUGUCGGAGAAAAGCUCAGAGUCCUUCCAUGUCAACACAAAUUCCACGCUGCCUGUGUCGACACCUGGUUAACGUCAUGGAGAACCUUCUGCCCCGUCUGCAAGCGAGAUGCAAAAACAAAAACCACGAAGCCUCCAGCAUCAGAGUCCACACCCUUGCUACCAGCUUCCCUCUCUCCAUCUUCGGCUUCUUCACCGGAGUCAUCAUCGCCUAUGCAGAUACGGCCAUCAGUUUCACUCAUCUACAACCUGCAUUCUCAUCAACCGCCCCAGAGUGAUACACCUCCUCUCCAACCCGAUAGUGCUUGUGCAGUGACGUCUAACCCAACCACCUACACAUCGUUGUCGACUCUCAGUUCCAUAUACGUCCUGCCCUAUGUUCCGGCUGCAGGUAAUGUUUCAUCGACCUACUUUGGUUCUUCAAGUCACGCGUCGUAGGGAGUCGUUUGCAGCGACUAUUGCAAAUUGUACAUGGUAUUAUAGGGAAAUGUUUUAGCAUCUAGAAGUGGAUGGAAGGUUGUGACAGUGUAUGUAUAUGUAGGUUGUUCUCGCUCAUAUCUGUCAAUUUUAUUCUUCUUUUUUUCAUUUUUUUUUCAUUUCUUCUUUGUUUGUGUAAUUAUGUUGUAAUUAUUGUUGUUGUAACUUUUUUUACUGGGAUGAUGAAAUAAAAUGUUUAUAGUACCAUACUGAAGCAGAUUUUUGUAA